AACCCGCCUCAAGAAGCCUUCCCAGUAAGGAAGCUUCCCCACCACGAAGCAGCUAGACGUGAGGACCGUCUCAACUCUCCACCGGGAGUCACCAACACCCUCGCUCGGAUCCUAGGGUCGCAAUCACUCCUUGGAAACCUCCAGCGAGUCUUCCAGAGCCACGCGCAGGAAAGGUGGUGCCACUGCGCGCCAACCUGGCGCGGCCGUGACGUCAGGCUUGCGCUAGAUUGGCAACUGGCUAGAGGCAUGUGGCGCGGACGGACACUGGCGCGAGCGAUUGGAUGUGCUGUUAGGGGGCGGGGUCUGGGGGCGGGGCAUGCUGCGGAGAGGGUUGAAGUACUGGGCUCAGCACAGCUUCUCAGCACCUCCAGCUGGAAUCUCAGUGUUCUAGGUCAGAUCAAACAUUCUGUCACAAUGCCUGAAAUAAAUACCAACCAUCUUGAUGAAAAGCAGGUCCAGCUUCUAGCAGAGAUGUGUAUUCUUAUUGAUGAAAAUGACAAUAAAAUUGGGGCUGACACCAAGAAAAAUUGUCACCUGAAUGAAAACAUUGACAAAGGAUUAAUACAUCGAGCUUUUAGUGUCUUCUUGUUUAAUACUGAAAAUAAGCUACUGCUACAGCAGAGAUCAGAUGCUAAGAUUACCUUUCCAGGUUGUUUCACCAAUAGUUGCUGUAGUCAUCCAUUAAGUAACCCAGGUGAGCUGGAAGAAAACAACGCCAUGGGUGUGAAACGAGCGGCACAGAGACGCUUAAAAGCCGAGUUGGGAAUACCCUUGGAAGAGGUUGAUCUAAAUGAAAUGGAUUAUCUAACAAGAAUUUACUACAAGGCCCAAUCUGAUGGUAUCUGGGGUGAACAUGAAAUUGAUUACAUUUUGUUUCUGAGGAAGGAUGUAACCUUGAAUCCGGAUCCCAACGAGAUCAAAAGCUAUUGCUAUGUAUCAAAGGAAGAGGUCAAAGAAAUUUUGAAGAAGGCAGCCAAUGGUGAAAUUAAGUUAACUCCGUGGUUUAAGAUUAUUGCAGAUGCUUUCCUCUUUAAAUGGUGGGAUAACUUAAACCAUUUGAGUCCAUUUGUUGACCAUGAGAAAAUACAUAGACUAUGAAUGUGUAAAUGAUUUGAAAAUUUUUCUACCUAGCAAAAAUAGUUUGGUUUGGUUUUAAAUUGGACUCCCUUGUAUGAUACAUAGGUAUUUUACAACCAGAAUUUGUUUUGAGAAAAGAAAAAAAAAGGAAAACUCAACUAACUUAGUUUUAUAUUAUUUAUCCCAUAUAUAUGCACUGAUGUUUAUAAAAGACAUUUAAGAGCAGUUAUUGUGAAAUUAUGCCAUAAGUAAAACUUAAUGUAGCCUGUCCAAAUACCUGGCUAUGACAAGAUUGAAGAAAUAACGAGGACUCAUUUUUUACAUUUUGACUAACACUUUCAGAACACUUUGCUAAUUGCCAAGUGUUUUUUAUAUCAUUGGAUUUUUAUCAUACAUCAGAAAAUUGAGCAGAAGACCCCGCUUAGCUGCUUUGAAACAGCACUAAGAGAUUAAAUGGGCAGGGCUCAGGAUACAGCUCAGUGGUACCAUGAUUGCCUUGUAGGCAUGAUGCCAUGGAUUAUUGGGGUCCUAAUCCUAAAGAUAAUUGUAACAACAAUAAUAACAGAUAGAGCAGGUUCAAAGGAGAGUAAGUGGCUCCCUCGGUCUUCAUACAGGAUGAUUAAUCUCAAGAAUCCUUGUAUAACCAAUGCUCUGGACGCUCAAGUCUAUAGAAGAUGAUACUGUAUUUGCAUAUAACUUACGCACAUCUUUCCCCACACUUCGCCUCAUCUCCAGGGAGGUUGUAGCACUAAACACAGUGUAAAUGCUAAUGUAAAUGAUUGUUGUACUAUGCUUUAUGAUAAGGAGAAGUCUGCAUGUACAUUACAGAUCAAAUAUUAAUACACAGUUGCUUUGAGCCCUUGGAUGUUUCACUCACAGAUUUGAAAGGCCAGUUCUGCAUACUAACUUUUGUCAUCCUCAGUUGAUUUUGUGCUUUAACCAUCCUGAAAUAAUUAUUUUACUACUUAAUAGUAACUUACUUUUGGUAGUAAUGGUAACUGAUUAGCUAUUCAAGCAAAAUUUGUUUACAAUCAUAGUGAAAAAGAUGGUUAGUCAUAAGGUGGAAGGGGUUGAGGAAACCUUUGACACUACCAUCGAUGGGCCUAGAGCAUCUUGUUGUAGGGGGCUGGCCUGUGUUAGAUGUUGAGUAGCAUUAGGACCCCUUUGUUAAGACAACCAAGAAAAGAAAAAAACUGGAAGAGUGGGGAGGGUUUCUUUCUCUGUGUAGCCCUGGCUAUUCUAGAACUCAAUCUGUAAACCAGGCUAGCCUCAGAACUCAAAAAUCUACCUUCCUCUGUCUCCCAAGUGCUGGGAUUAAAGUGUGUACCACAUGGCCAGCAACAACCAGAAUUUUAAUGGGUGAUACCAAGGGUCCCAUGACGGGCUCACUGUUCUAUUAUCAGGGCUUAUUUAGAGGUGGAGGCAGGAGGAAGUAGCGCUGAGGAAACAUUCAGUGACUAGAUUGAUAUCCUGGAAUAGGCAUAUAUUAAGAUUUUGAGGUUAUGGAAUAGGCAAAUAUUGAUACUGUGUUUUGAUUCAUGUUCUUUUUAAAACUUGCCACAGGUGUAUCAAAUUUGAGCUCUUCAGACAGCUUUAUUCUUAAGUGCUGCAUAAUGGAUAAUUUUUUUCUUAUAAAAAUUUUAUAAACCUAAUUUCUUGCUAACUUAGAACAGUUGAUUUAUCAUUGGAGAUAUGACUGUGUAGCAAGUAUUUAUUGAAAAUUAAAGAUAAAUUAUUUUAA